AUGGAACUUUACAUCACAAAGCACAAUCAACUCAACAACUUCAUCAAGCAGAAAGAAAAACUCAAAGGGGUUCCAGAGACAGUAAAAGCCGCCGCCACUUCCUCACCUUUGGUCCGUUUCACAUUCUCCUGUAACAAGAAGAAUCCUAAGAAUAAUUCUUCUUCCGCCGUUUCCUCUAUCGCCGCCGGAGAAAUAUCAAAAGAGGAGAAGACUUCCGAAGUUGCCGCCAGCCGAAAAUGGAUAUCGCCGUGCGAGGUGCCGAGAAGCCCGACGUUACCCGUGGAGAUUCGCCAGUCUCGUGCGACAAAGCCUCAAUUGCCGACCGCGGAGAGUCGCUCGCCGGCUUUGGUGGCGAGGUUGAUGGGACUGGACGAAGCACCGGAAGCUGCGCCGGCGGAAUCGGUGGUGGAGAAGAGACGGUAG